AUGUGGCCCCCUUUCGACGAACCCAAGCCUGAGCAGGCGAACAGGAGUACUCAAACGUCCCCAGAUUUAUCCUCUAAAUGGGGACAGGUUGCUAUUGCUUACCUAGAUAAUAAGUCCAUGCGUGAUGAGGUUGAACGGCUCCUAGAGCGAAUCAAAAUCGCAGAAAAUAAAGCAGAGACGUUUGAACGAGAUCGGCUGCUUGCAGAGGAGCAGGCUCGUCAACGAGGCGAGCUGCUCGACAAUGCCAUCCGGGAAUCAAAUGUAGCCAGAAAGGAGAACCGAAUCCUCAUGACCAAGAUAGCAAGCCUACAAGCUGGGACUGAGACUUUCUCUGAUGAAGAAGCCAAACAAGAGAUGUGUCUACUCUAUCACGAUCUUGAGCACUGGAGGUUUACCCACUUUGCAGCAAAGCCAGCACAACAAGGGAACGAUCCCACGCCAAGAUCAGAUAGCCUUGACAUCUCGUCAUUGGAUAUUAUUCAGUCGGAAAUUGCCGGGCUGAUUUACCGGUUCUUUUGGAACCAAUUUAUGCUUGGAGCUGAGCAAAGUUGGAGUAAUUAUCUCCGCAAAGUCGAUUCCGAAAUAAAUAAACAAUUUUCUAGCCACAUUUCCCGACAUUGGCGAUGUGCGAUGAGCUCUGCAAUCCUAUCAUUGGAAACCUCUAGUUUACAAGAACAGUGUAAUUGGAUCAUCGAGAAGGCAGAGGCCUGCUUCGGUCGCUACGCCGUCACCGAGAGACUAAAGCGAAUGCAACAGCUACACGGCAUAAUCGCGCGCUGCAUCAAGUUCAAACAUAAAUUAGAUUGCCAGGAAGACAAAUACGUUUUCUGGGGUAGUUACCAAUACGGAUUGCGGUUCCGGGGUAAGAAGAUGCGAACCCUCACAGAGGAGGAUACCUCGGAUGGAUUUGUUCAGGCCAGCCUUUGGCCUGGAUUAUAUAAAAUCGUUGAAAAAGGCGAAUGGUCGACAAUUGAAAAGGAGAUUGUGAAAAAGAUUCCACCAGUGAUCCCUUCAGUUGAAAUGGUCGAUGACAUGGAAUCCUAUGAAGGCAACCCAGACUUGAUUGAGAUUUAG